AUGGCGGAGGUCAAGAUCCUUGAUCAUCAGAGGGUCCCGUGUACAGGAACGGUUCCGGGGAUAGAACAAGGGCGGAUGGAUGCGGUGAGUGCGGGGGAUCAACAAGGUUAUGUACCUACUGUACCUCACUGCAAUCAAGGUACCUGGAGACGAGCAUCACCAACUGUUUAUGGCGGUGAUGGACAUGAAACUGGUAAUGGCUUCUGUCCCGUGGUUCCACAGCAUAUUUGGUGGCGGUGGAGAAGAACUGUUGAAUGCAACGGUUUACUGUGGCUGCUGAAAGUAAGCAUUGCUCAGUCAGAUGUUGUCUCUCAAAAGUGGUCGCUCUCGGAAGCCGCUGGGAGCAAGUUUUAUGAUAUCGUAUCGUGA